UCACUUAGGACAACGUCUCCGUGUCGCUCCGUUUGGUUGUAUAAACCGAUAACGACAUGGUAUAACGGUGUGAGUUCCUAGAAAGCCUGAGCUUCAGGUAACUAGCCUACGCCCCUGCGUCAAAAGUGGAAAAAUGUCAACUAAGGAGGGAGAAGAAGGAAAAAAUGGUCAACCUGUGGCCAUGUCGCCUGAAAGAAUGGCCACCGACAAAAGCAGAGAAAGCCAGAACCAGCGUGAAGUCGAGGCAACAGGAGGAACCACAGACACCAGCACAACAGCAAAAAACCUGGCUUUGCUUAAAGCACACUCACUGGAUGUGAAGUUCGACGUCGGCGAGGAGUAUGAUGUCAUAGAAACCAUCGGCACAGGGGCUUAUGGCGUCGUCUCUUCUGCCAGGAGAAGGGACAAUGGCCAGCAGGUGGCGAUAAAGAAGAUCUCCAAUGCUUUUGAAGUGGUGACAAAUGCCAAACGCACUCUGCGAGAGCUCAAGAUUCUCAAGCACUUCAAACACGACAACAUUAUCGCCAUCAAAGACAUCCUGCAGCCUAACCUGCCUCACUCUGCCUUCAAGUCUGUGUACGUGGUGCUCGACCUCAUGGAAAGCGACUUGCACCAGAUUAUACACUCUGCCCAGACGCUUACCUCAGAGCACACACGCUACUUUCUGUACCAGCUCCUCCGUGGCCUUAAGUAUGUGCAUUCUGCCAACGUCAUCCAUCGUGACCUCAAACCCUCCAACCUGUUGGUGAACGAGAACUGUGAGCUAAAAAUUGGUGACUUUGGUAUGGCGAGGGGCCUAAGUUCACACCCUGAGGAGUCUCAUUCCUUCAUGACUGAAUAUGUGGCGACUCGAUGGUACCGUGCUCCUGAACUCCUACUGUCUCUGAAUCACUACAGCUUGGCCAUUGACCUGUGGUCUGUAGGCUGCAUCUUUGCAGAAAUGCUGGGGCGUAAGCAGCUCUUUCCUGGGAAGCACUACGUCCACCAGCUCCAGCUCAUUUUGUCUGUGUUGGGCACUCCUCCUGAGGGGUUAAUUAGUGCUAUUAGGGCUGACAGAGUGCGUUCUUAUGUUCAGAGUCUUCCAUCACGUUCUGCUGUGCCUUUGGCCAAACUGUACCCACAAGCUGAACCGGACGCUUUGGACCUGCUGGUCGCCAUGUUGCGCUUUGACCCUCGUGAAAGAAUCAGUGUUACACAAGCGCUGGAGCAUCCUUACCUCUCCAAAUACCACGACCAAGAUGAUGAGCCAGUUUGCGUGCCAGCUUUUGACUUUGAGUUUGACAAGCUGCCGAUGAACAAAGAACAAAUUAAAGAGGCGAUUCUGAUGGAGAUCCAGGACUUUCAUCGAAACAAGCAGGGCUGUCGUCAAAGGCUUCAGUUCAGGCCCUUGGCGAGGGCCAGCAGCAGAGCUGCAGCACAAAGCAGUACCCAGUGUAAUGCUCAGCCCUCGACUGUUAACCUGAGCAAAUCGACACUGGUUCCAAUGGCACAACACCCACAAGCAGCACAAAUACAGCAACAGCAAAUGAGAGAAGUGAAAUCUCAACAGCAACAAGAUCACACACCAGCAGAAAGGAACCACGCCUUUACAGAUCAGAUGCAAACCUUUAAUAAGCCAGCGUCUCUUUUAGAAGUCGCCCCGCCUCAUGUGACCCACAAUUUGCCUCCACUUUCUAAAAGCGAAAGUGGCCCAGUCGAUGUAGACAUGCCCAGUGCCAACUCAGACAGCGGCCAGCCAGAGACUAUAGAUUUAACAACACCGGUGUCGAGUCAGGACGCUUUGUCCGAAACAAUGAGAGACAGUGAGGUGCAGGAGCAGCUAAGCGGAAGUCAGGCUCCUCUGACUCAGCCCACCCAGAGCCAGUCCAUGACCCCGGCUCCUACCUCUAUUCCUGCAACGCCAGCACAGACCAUGACACCGCUGCCCACCGCUGUGCCUUCCCUUUGUCUCUCUGUGGCACAGGCCCAGUCACUGUCUCAGUCCCUUUCACAGUCACUGUCCAAGGGUGCCAGGCCUCCUCCAGGUCCGGGGGAGGGAACCAGAAAAGAGGGAGCCAUUUCAGAGGAUACUAAAGCCGCACUGAAAGCGGCUUUAUUGAAAUCAGCUCUCAGAAAUAAAGCCAGGGGUGAUGGAGUCAACUCUGCGCUGGGCGUUGAGGCUGCUGCAGGAGUAGGUGUAUCGUCCUUCCUGUCUUCUGUUCCCGAGUCCCGUCGGCCUGUCACUGCUCAGGAGCGUCAGCGAGAAAGAGAGGAGAAAAGAAGGAAGAGGCAGGAGCGAGCCAGAGAGAGGGAGAGGAAAAUAAAGGAAAAGGAGAGAAGAGAGGGGAAGCAGGGGGACUCGCUGGGUGGGGUUCUGCUGAGCGACGACGACAAAAGCCUUUUGCAGCGUUGGACACAGAUGAUGGUCAGCCGCAAUGAGAAAUCUCAGACUCCUAAUAACGACGCUGCAAAGAAUAAGGACUGUAAUGUGAACUCGCACCGAGGUGUAGCCAUCAGCGACAACACUCAAGGAGCACCGAACAGUAAACCGGGCAAAGAGGCAAGAAAGAUUCAGUCACAUGACCAGUUAAUUUCUCAAGUUAAACCAAACCAGCCGGGCUUGUUUCAGCCUCCAAGCACCCAGCAACCGUCAGUACUUUUCUCCAUGAGCCAGAGAAAACCUGCAGCGGAUAUAGUUGUUGCUGUAAGCGGAGGGAUGGAUGUAAUGACUGUCACUAGUGGCUUUGUUAAGAACACAACUCUCAAACCUCACAGUGAGACCAAUGGACAAAGUGGUUUUAACUGUUUGGGGAAUUGGAACGGGCCGCAAUUAGAGACGAGGCUACCACAACCACAAUCAAACAGGAAGCCACAGCCUCCACCGUCGGCCUUUCUUCAGCCCCAGCUCCAACCUCAGAGUCAAACCCAGCCUGACCCUCCACCCCGGUCACAACUGCUGCCACUGGAGACUUUUUUGACUAAAGCUCCAACACUAACCACCAGAGAGACAAACGGGGAUAUCGGACGCCAAAAUAACCUCAACUCCCACCCCAAUGCCUCGACUGCAAGUGCCGGGCCGAUGGAGAAGCUGUGUCCCUCUGUGGGGGAGAAAUCUGGGCCACAGACCACAAACCCGCUCUGUGGGGCUCUAGGGGUCCCCUCACAGCCUCAUCCCAGUUUGGGAUUCACAGAUACUGGACAGCAAGGGCCCUCCGUCGCCCCUGAUAUCCAUACAGUAACACUGCAGCUGUCAAAGUCCCAGGUAGAGGACGUUCUACCUCCAGUGUUCUCGGUCACCCCUAAAGGCAGCGGGGCUGGGUACGGCGUGGGCUUUGACCUGGAUGACCUUCUCAACCAGUCUCUCACAGACCUGCAACACUGUGACCGGGACAGCUACGACUCGGCCCCCCUCUCGGCCUCCCUGUUAUCUGAUUGGAGCGAGGUUCACCGCAUGACUCCAGCUGAUCUUGAAUCGCUGCAGCAGGAGUUGCAACUCGGCUCUCCCAUGAUCCUCUCUGAUACCAUUCCCCCUGAUGCCUGACUUUCCCUUCCUGGAAUUC